UCUCCGCCCUCCCCGCCCCGCUCCUUUUUCUGCUCCCCGAGUGCGCCCGGCGCGCGAGAGGCAGGCGGGGCGGCGUGGAGCAGGCAGCGCAGCGCGCUCGCCCACCGCCCGCUCGGCGCAGCUCCCCGCUGCCGCUAUCGUCGCCGCAGCCGGCGCGUCGGAAGGAGCCUAGCAUGGCCGGGCCGGGCUCGCAGCGGCGCGCGUCCCGGGGGGCCUCGGCACUCCUGACCGCCGCGCUUCUCUUUGCCACGCUGGGGGACGUGGUGCGCUCGGAGCAGCAGAUCCCGCUCUCAGUGGUGAAGCUCUGGGCCUCUGCUUUUGGGGGAGAGAUAAAAUCUAUUGCAGCUAAGUACUCCGGCUCCCAGCUUCUGCAGAAGAAAUACAAAGAGUAUGAGAAAGACGUUACCAUAGAAGAAAUAGAUGGUCUCCAACUGGUGAAAAAGCUGGCAAAGAACAUGGAAGAGAUGUUUCACAAGAAGUCUGAAGCAGUGCGGCGUCUGGUGGAGGCUGCAGAGGAAGCACACCUGAAACAUGAAUUUGAUGCAGACUUGCAGUAUGAAUACUUCAAUGCCGUGCUGAUAAAUGAAAGGGACAAAGAUGGGAAUUUUUUGGAGCUGGGGAAGGAAUUCAUCUUAGCCCCAAAUGACCAUUUUAAUAAUUUGCCUGUGAACAUCAGCCUGAGUGACGUUCAAGUGCCAACGAACAUGUACAACAAAGAUCCAGCAAUUGUCAAUGGGGUUUAUUGGUCCGAGUCCCUAAACAAAGUUUUUGUAGAUAACUUUGAUCGUGACCCGAGUCUCAUAUGGCAGUACUUUGGAAGUGCAAAGGGCUUUUUUAGGCAGUAUCCAGGGAUUAAAUGGGAACCAGAUGAGAAUGGAGUCAUUGCCUUUGACUGCAGGAACCGAAAAUGGUACAUCCAGGCAGCGACUUCUCCGAAAGACGUGGUCAUUUUAGUGGAUGUCAGUGGCAGCAUGAAAGGGCUCCGUCUGACGAUCGCAAAGCAAACAGUCUCAUCUAUUUUGGAUACGCUGGGGGAUGACGACUUCUUCAACAUAAUUGCCUAUAACGAGGAGCUUCACUACGUGGAACCUUGCCUGAAUGGAACGUUGGUGCAAGCUGACAGGACAAACAAGGAGCACUUCAGGGAGCAUCUAGACAAACUUUUUGCCAAAGGAAUCGGAAUGCUGGAUAUAGCUCUGAAUGAGGCCUUCAACAUUCUCAGUGAUUUCAACCACACUGGACAAGGAAGCAUCUGCAGCCAGGCCAUUAUGCUCAUCACUGAUGGGGCAGUGGACACCUAUGACACUAUCUUUGCAAAAUACAAUUGGCCAGAUCGAAAGGUUCGCAUCUUCACGUACCUCAUUGGAAGAGAGGCUGCUUUUGCAGACAAUCUCAAGUGGAUGGCCUGUGCCAAUAAAGGAUUUUUCACCCAGAUCUCCACCUUGGCUGAUGUGCAGGAAAAUGUCAUGGAAUACCUCCAUGUACUCAGCCGGCCCAAAGUCAUCGACCAGGAGCACGACGUGGUGUGGACUGAAGCGUACAUCGACAGCACUCUUGCCAAUGGUCAGGGCCCCGUCCUGAUGACCACGGUCGCCAUGCCUGUGUUUAGUAAGCAGAACGAAACUAGAUCGAAAGGCAUUCUUCUGGGUGUGGUCGGCACAGAUGUCCCAGUGAAAGAACUUCUGAAGACCAUCCCCAAAUACAAGUUAGGGAUUCACGGCUAUGCCUUUGCAAUCACAAAUAAUGGAUAUAUCCUGACGCAUCCAGAACUCAGACCACUGUAUGAAGAAGGGAAAAAGCGGAGGAAACCUAACUACAGUAGUGUUGACCUUUCGGAGGUGGAGUGGGAGGACCGCGAUGAUGUGUUAAGAAAUGCCAUGGUGAAUAGAAAGACCGGGAAGUUUUCCAUGGAGGUGAAGAAGACAGUGGACAAAGGGAAACGGGUUUUGGUGAUGACAAAUGACUACUAUUAUACAGACAUCAAGGGUACUCCUUUCAGUUUAGGUGUGGCGCUCUCUAGAGGCCAUGGGAAAUAUUUCUUCCGAGGGAAUGUAACCAUUGAAGAAGGCCUGCAUGACUUAGAACACCCUGAUGUGUCCUUGGCAGACGAAUGGUCCUACUGCAACACUGACCUACACCCAGAGCACCGUCAUCUAUCUCAACUAGAAGCUAUUAAGCUCUACCUCAAAGGCAAAGAACCUCUGCUCCAAUGUGAUAAAGAAUUGAUACAAGAAGUCCUUUUUGAUGCUGUGGUGAGUGCUCCCAUUGAAGCCUAUUGGACCAGCCUUGCCCUCAACAAAUCUGAGAAUUCUGACAAGGGUGUGGAGGUGGCCUUCCUCGGCACUCGCACAGGCCUCUCGAGAAUCAACCUGUUUGUUGGGGCCGAGCAGCUCACCAAUCAGGACUUCCUGAAAGCUGGAGACAAGGAGAACAUCUUUAAUGCAGACCAUUUCCCUCUCUGGUACCGAAGAGCCGCUGAGCAGAUUCCAGGGAGCUUUGUCUAUUCGAUCCCAUUCAGCACAGGAACAGUUAACAAAAGCAAUGUGGUGACAGCAAGUACCUCCAUCCAGCUCCUGGAUGAACGGAAGUCUCCCGUGGUGGCAGCUGUAGGCAUUCAGAUGAAACUUGAAUUUUUCCAAAGGAAGUUCUGGACUGCCAGCAGACAGUGCGCCUCUCUGGAUGGCAAAUGCUCUAUCAGCUGUGAUGAUGAGACUGUGAACUGUUACCUCAUAGACAAUAAUGGAUUUAUUCUGGUGUCUGAAGACUACACACAAACUGGAGACUUUUUUGGUGAGGUGGAGGGAGCUGUGAUGAACAAAUUGUUAACAAUGGGCUCCUUUAAAAGAAUUACCCUUUAUGACUAUCAAGCCAUGUGCAGGGCCAACAAGGAGAGCAGCGAUGGUGCCCAUGGUCUACUGGAUCCUUAUAAUGCCUUCCUUGCUGCAAUAAAAUGGAUAAUGACAGAACUUGUCUUGUUCCUGGUGGAAUUUAACCUCUGCAGUUGGUGGCACUCAGAUAUGACAGCUAAAGCCCAGAAAUUGAAACAGACCCUGGAGCCUUGUGAUACUGAAUAUCCAGCGUUCGUCUCUGAGCGCACCAUCAAGGAAACCUCAGGGAACAUUGCUUGUGAAGACUGCUCCAAGUCCUUUGUCAUCCAGCAAAUCCCAAGCAGCAAUCUGUUCAUGGUGGUGGUGGACAGUAGCUGCCUCUGUGAGUCUGUGGCCCCCAUCACCAUGGCACCCAUUGAAAUCAGGUAUAACGAAUCCCUUAAGUGUGAACGUUUAAAGGCUCAGAAGAUCAGAAGGCGUCCGGAAUCUUGUCAUGGCUUCCAUCCUGAGGAGAAUGCGAGGGAGUGUGGGGGUGCGCCGAAUCUCCAGGCCAAGAUGGUCCUUAUCCUGCUCCCUCUGCUUUUGAUGCUCUUCUCAAGGUGACACUGAUGGAGAUGUUCUCUUGGCAUGCUAAAGUAUGGAUAAACUGUGAGCCAAAAUAUGGUGCAACACAGGAGACAUGAAAUGUAGUCCAACCAUCAGCAUCUCAUGAUAUUAAGCUGUGCGUGAUAUAAACUCUUAGAGAUAUGUUGACAAAAAAGUUAUCUUUUUACUUUGCCAGUCAUGCAAAUGUGAGUUUGCUACAUUAUUAUUAUCCUUCAUCAGAAACGGGACUGCAAGUGGGCAGCGUCCCUUCUGCUUGAAACCCAUUGAAACCAAUUUAAAACUGUGUACUUUUUAAAUAAAGUAUAUUAAAAUCAUAAUCUCCUGGUUUGGGUUUUAUUAUCAUUUUACUGCUGAGAAUACAGAAUGGAAAGUACAUGAAAAAGUCACCCAUUCCAGACAGCAAGAAAGGAUGGUUGUUGGCAGAGACUUUACUCUACAGCAGAUUCUAGACAAGUAUUUAACAACUGUUUAGAUGCUCCACUCUCAGUUAUAAAAAUAUUUACAGAAGUAAAUCAAAAUAUCAUCUACAUCAGAAGAAUUUAUUACACAGAGCUCUGACUUUUGUUGAACAAAACUUCAGUAGAAAUCAUAAUUUGGACGAGAACACAAGCUUCCAUAAUAUUAAAGUGUUGAACUAUUUGGGAACAGAAAUAGUCAUAAAUCCUAGGAAUUCGUUCUGAGAAGACUUGAAGGAGGAAAAGAACAAUGACUACAAAUGACUCUCAACCUUAUUGCUUGAGAAUAUGACUUCUGGCUUUCCCCAUAAACAAGAGAUGAAAUUUGGUCUUAUAUAUAACAGAAUAUGAAACUACCCAGACCUGUAAGCAUUUCUAAAUUUCUGAACCAAAGAAAACAGUGUCCAUUGGAUCAUGAUUACCAAAUAACCAUUCCAAGUGGAAUAAUUUCUAUGCCUAGGUAGAAACGAGAAUGCCUUUCUUUAGAGGACAAACAUCUAAAAGUCAUGUGGAAAAAUCAACUUAAACUCUUUUUUAAAAAGCCACAUUAUCCUGUUGAUAUUUUAGAAAAACUGAUGUAAUACUACUUUAUCCUAAAAUGAUUCCAGCAUUUAUAGGAAUAACAAUACUACAUUGUUAUACAUCUUUAAAUUACUAUUCCUCCAACCCACAAGGUCUUCCUGCUCCUCAAGCAUGCUAAGUGAGCACCUGCCUCAGGGCCUUUUCACUUGCUAUUCCUUCUUUGUGAGAUACUCUUUCCCCCAGAUAUCUGCAUGCCUUCCUCCCUUACCUGCUUCAAGUCCUUCCUUCUUUGGCAGUCCACCCUGACCUCCUUGUUUACAGUUGUAACUUCCACACCCCUCCACCCUUCUCUCUUCCCUGCUUGAUAUUCCACCAUAGCAGUUAUCACCAUUGGAUUUGUUUAUUGUUUGUCUCUCCCCAGGUGAAUAUAAACACCAAGAAGGCAAGGAUUUUGUUUGCUGCUUUUUAAUUUUCUCACUGCUAUAUUCUCAUCUCCAAGGAGAGAAGAGUAGAGUGUCCAGCUCAGAGCAGACCCUCAAUAAACAUUUAAGCAAGCCUCAGCAGUCUUCCACUGAACACCUGGGAAUCCUCGGUCACUGCCUGCUGUUUGCUUCAGAGCAAGAGGAACCAUGCAAAACCACCAAGGAAGACAAAGUACACAGUUACCCCAACUGGAGGAGGACUUCUUUUCCAGAUGGGCAAGCCUUACCUGAGAGAACACAGAGCCCAAGUCUUGGGAAACAAGGUGUGAUUUUCUGAACUGAACUGAUCUUUUCCUGUGCCUGAUCUGAGAAAUCUUGAGUGUCUUUCGUGGUGAUCUGAGAGAAUGGGAUCCCUUAUCUUCACACCCAUAAAUCACUCAACUUCGUGGAUGAAGCUGGGAAAGAAGCCUACAGGAUAUAUAUGUUAUGUAGAGGAUGCCUGAGGGAGAGAAACGGAGGACCCACCGUAGGAUUCUCUCCACCGAGCUGAGACAGGAGAUGGACCUGUGAAUACUUUUCAGCCCAUUUAUCCCAUUACGUGCGCCAUUAUUACAGGCAGGAACACUCACCCAAAGAACCUGUCAUGAGAUACCACUACAUAUUUCACACUGAACCUAGUUCAAGUGUUUCCUUGGGUCUCUUGCAAACAGAAUUACUCAGUGUUUCCAAGCAUUCUCUACUGUUUUAUUUGGAAAGUCAUGACGGCUAAGAGGUUAUGUGGUGACGGCUAAGAGGUUAUGUGGUGACAGUACGGUUUCCUUCUUAGUAUAGCACCAGAUGGUGGAAAGACACAUAUAUUAAGCUUCAGACCCUGAUCUCAAAUCUAGCCAUCACCACCUACCAACUGAAAGGCUUCUUUUCCAAGCUCUGAGACUCCCAGGAGAUACACGAUCCUGCAGCCAAGCACACUCGCUAAGACUCAUCCAUGUGAGUCAUGGAUUUUCUCUCUAGGACCUGCGCCUGAACUGAAUACAUUUUCCAGGCUCUUGAGUUUAAUUAAAUUCAAAGGAACAUCUCAAAGGCAAGUGAAAAAAAAAAGAACAGACAAGACAUUGAGGUGGCUGGAAUAAGAAACUGUGUAGAAUGUUAUGGAAAGACAAAACCAAAAGCAAGGAAAGGAAAGAUGAUGGGAGA